GUUUGAAGGAGAAAAAGGCCAGAGGCAGAGAGAAACAGAGGGUCCCUGUGAAAUUAAAGCGAGUGAUGGUCCUGACUCCUGAUGCAGGCUUCCGUCACUGCCAACCACCGCCUCGUACUCUCUCCACGCUCUUAAAGUUAUUGAUCUAGAGAGACAAAGGAGCACGAAGCACGUUCUAAAAGAUAGAUAGCGAGAGAACGCCAAUCAAGCUUUUUCUUUUCUUUUUUUUUUGCUUUUUUUUGUUUCUUUUGUUGUUUCGAGAAUGGAAGAUGGGGAGUGGGUUAUGGUGAGGCCACCCACAGAGAUCGAAUGCUGGAGCCCUGGAUGGGGCGGGGGCGAGGAUGAGGGCGGCUCCUCUGACCCGCUCAAGGUUAGAUUUUUUGGACCGGCCAAGCACUGGACCGACGCUCUUCCCAUCGGUAAUGGCCGCCUCGGGGCUAUGGUCUGGGGCGGCGUCGCAUCGGAGACGCUUCAGCUUAAUGAGGGCACCCUUUGGACUGGGACUCCUGGAAACUACACAAACCCAGAUGCUCCAAAAGCGCUAUCAGAAGUCAGAAAACUUGUUGAUAAUGGUGACUAUGUUGCAGCUACUGAAGCAGCAGUCAAGUUGUCAGGGAAUCCUUCCGAUGUUUAUCAGCUUCUAGGUGAUAUUAAUCUAGAAUUUGAGGAUUCUCAUCUUGCAUAUGCUGAAGAAACAUACAGUAGAGAGCUAGACUUGGAUACUGCAACAGUAACGAUAAAAUAUUCUGUGGGUGAUGUAGAGUACACUAGAGAGCAUUUUGCCUCUUAUCCAGAUCAGGUGAUUGUGACGAAGAUCUCUGGAAGCAAACCAGGGUCAGUUUCUUUUACAGUAUCACUAGACAGCAAGUCACAUCAUCAUUCAAACUCAAGUGGCAAAAGUCAGAUUAUUAUGGAAGGAAGUUGUCCUGGUAAAAGAAUUCCACCAAAAGUGUAUGAAAAUGAUAACCCACAGGGAAUUCUGUUUUCUGCUGUCCUUGAUUUACAAAUUAGUGAUGGCAGGGGAGUGAUAAAUGUUUUGGAUGAUAAGAAACUGAAGGUUGAAGGUUCAGAUUGGGCUGUUUUGUAUCUGGUGGCAUCGUCUUCAUUUGACGGUCCAUUCACUAAGCCUAUAGACUCUAAAAUAAAUCCUACUUCACAGGCUCUCAGUACAUUGAAGUCAAUAGGAAACUUUUCAUAUUCUGAUCUUUAUGCACGCCAUUUGAAUGACUAUCAAAACCUUUUUCAUCGAGUUUCACUACAGCUUUCAAAAAGUUCCAAAAGUGUUACGAGUGAUGGGUCUCUGGAAAUGAAGAAACCUAUGUCCUCCAGGACUGGUUUGUAUUUGGAAGGAAGUGAAGAUAGAGUUUCAACUGCAGCCAGGGUGAAAUCUUUUGGAACUGAUGAAGAUCCUUCAUUAGUGGAGCUUCUGUUCCAGUAUGGUCGAUAUUUGCUCAUCUCUUGUUCUCGACCUGGAAGUCAGCCGGCAAACCUACAGGGAAUUUGGAACAAGGAUAUUGAGCCAGCAUGGGAGUAUGUUCUGUGUUCUUUUCUCUCCUUUUCUUUUUCCAUCCCUUCUUGUGGGGCUCCUCACUUGAACAUAAAUCUUCAAAUGAAUUACUGGCCUUCCCUUCCAUGCAACCUUAGCGAGUGCCAAGAACCUUUAUUUGAUUACAUGUCUUCUCUUUCAAUCAAUGGGAGUAAAACUGCAAAAGUGAACUACGAAGCUAGUGGUUGGGUUACACAUCAAGUGUCUGAUAUAUGGGCAAAAACAUCACCAGAUCGAGGCCAGGCUGUGUGGGCAUUAUGGCCAAUGGGUGGAGCUUGGCUUUGUACCCAUCUAUGGGAACAUUAUACUUUCACAAUGGACAAGAAUUUUCUGAAAAAUAAGGCAUAUCCCUUACUAGAAGGAUGUGCAAGAUUUCUCUUGGACUGGUUGAUUGAAGGACGUGGAGGAUAUCUGGAAACCAAUCCAUCAACUUCUCCAGAACAUAUGUUUAUUGCUCCAGAUGGUAAGCCUGCUAGUGUGAGCUACUCAACAACCAUGGACAUUGCAAUCAUAAGAGAAGUUUUCUCCGCAGUAGUUUCUGCUGCUGAGGUGCUGGGAAAAAAUGAGGAUGAGCUCGUUCAGAAAGUCCGUCAAGCUCAACCAAAACUUCCUCCAACAAAAAUAGCUAGAGAUGGUUCCAUUAUGGAAUGGGCACAAGAUUUUGAGGACCCAGAGGUGCAUCAUCGACAUGUAUCCCAUCUAUUUGGCCUAUAUCCAGGGCACACAAUAACAGUUGAGAAAACCCCGGACCUUUGUAAAGCUGUGGACUAUACCCUCUAUAAAAGAGGGGAGGACGGUCCAGGAUGGUCAACUACAUGGAAAACAGCUCUGUGGGCACGUCUCCACAACAGUGAGCAUGCAUAUAGGAUGGUCAAGCAUUUAUUUGACCUGGUGGAUCCUGCUCGUGAAGCUGAUUUUGAAGGUGGACUAUACAGUAACUUGUUUACUGCACAUCCUCCUUUCCAGAUUGAUGCCAACUUCGGUUUCUGUGCAGCAGUUGCAGAAAUGAUUGUUCAGAGCACCUCAAAAGACCUCUAUUUGCUCCCUGCUCUUCCCCGGGACAAAUGGGCGAAUGGUUGUGUCAAAGGAUUGAAGGCACGUGGUGGUGUUACAGUCAAUGUAUGCUGGAAAGAAGGAGAUCUUCACCAGAUUGGGGUGUGGUCAAAAGACCAGAAUUCUACAAGAAGAUUACAUUAUAGAGGAAGUAUAGUAACAGCGAAAAUGUUGGCUGGCAGAGUCUACACAUUCGAUAGGCAGUUAAAAUGUGUGAAAACAUACACACUCUGAGGAGAAAGAGGCUUUCUUGAUGAGCAUUGGUUUCAUAUUUCCAAAUAAAACCUGCAAAGCAGUUUGGUUUCCUUUCUGUUAAUUUCUUUUGGUUUUCUCCCCCCAAUUCUCUUACUUCGUGUGAUUUCUUUGGGAGUUUGUUAAAGAAUUUUGUGAGACCUUUUAUCUUAUGACAGUUGAUUGUUGUAUUUUCUUCGAAAAUUCAUCACUAAAGUCUAAAUCCAUUUGUGACGGACUGUUUUUCUUUCA